AUGGCCCCUGUUUUGCCGAGGCAGCGACGGUACGAGAUAUGUAAUGGGUUUUCAAUUAUUUUAGAUGAAGGCAAUAUACGGAUAGUCCAGGAGCCAAUAUCAGACUCACUACGACUUUGUGAUACCCAUCGUGCCCUCAUAUUCGUAGAAGCCGGCGGUGUCCAAUAUUUCCCACCGACGAUGCCCCUCUCUAUCCGCCGGCUAUCAUCUCCAGCCGACCUGUCGCGAGCCGUGGAUAUUCAAUCUACUACGUUUGCCAACAGCGCAUUUUGCCGCACUGUAGGUGCCUCUCCCGAAGGCAAUCCUCGCAGUCUUUCGCCAUCAGAGCGACACGCCAUCCAAGUCUCUCGUCUUCAGGACGCCCUUUCAUCUGAUCCUACCUUCCACCUACUGGGCGCGGUCGACGAUGAAACGGGCGAAAUCCUUGCCAUGGCUAAGUGGUAUGUCUUCAAGGGAGACGAUUCAUUAGAAAAAUGGAAGAAUGGCGUUAGAUCUGACGAAGCAAUGGAGAUCCCAAAUGGGGUCGAUGAGGACGGCUAUCGGUUUGCGAAGGGUAAACUGUUCGACGCCAAGAGAGCUUGGUUCGGGGAGAAUGGAAGGGAACAUUGCUUCCUCGGUGUUUUAUGCACCCUUCCCACUCACCAAGGCCGUGGUGCCGGAACCCUUCUUCUUAAAUACGGUCUUGAUAUAGCGGAUGAGCAUGGCUUAGAGUCGUAUCUAGAAUCAUCAACCAAAGGACGCCCGCUUUAUGAAAGGCACGGGUUUGAAGACAUUACUCUUCCUAAUGGGAGGCCUGGGCUCUUGGAAUUCGACCUGGGACACUUCACCGGUCGUGGCGGUGAUCAAGGCGACUGGGUACGCUUAGCACUUAUGGCCCGUAAGCCAAAGCAAAAAACCGAGUGCUAG